GAUUAGAAACAUGCGUCAAAUGAGCAACGUGGGAUCUUACCCUCCUGUGUUUCGCCAGCUGAACGGUGGGGGUGUUCAUCCUCCGCAGCAGAUGAUGGCUCAAUUGAAGAAGAACAACUACUCCAUGGAAGACACCAGUACCACCACCCAAGAAGAUUCAGUUCCAAUCCCUAUGGUGGAUCUUGAGUGCCUUAGCCUGCAUAAGCUUGGGGAUGCUUGUAAAAGUUGGGGUAUUUUUCGUUUGGUUAACCAUGGGAUCCCUUCAACCCUUUUGACCAAACUUCAGUACCAUGCCAAGAUGUUGUUUGGUUUAUCCUUUGAGUCCAAGCAAGCCUUAAUCACUAACCCUAUGUCUUAUUUCUGGGGCACCCCUGCCUUAACCCCAUCUGGGACUGCCCUAAACCCUGCUGCCUCGACUUCAACCAUGAACUGGCUCGAAGGGUUUAAUGUUCCACUCACUCAACUCCCACACUUCCAUUCUGAACAUCCUAUGCUUCAUUGUUUCAGGCUUUUGUUGGAAGAAUAUGGAAGGCACCUUUCAAGGAUUGCCACAACCUUGUUUGAAUCAAUGGCGAAGAAUCUCGAUCUGGAUCCCAAACAAUCCGAGUCUAAGUUAGAUGAAUCCACUGCAUUAAUUCGGGUUUACAGGUAUCCACCGCGCCGCUCCUUGGCUGGCGAGGCUUGGGGCAUGAUUCCACACACCGAUAGCUCAGUGCUUUCCAUAGUGAACCAAGAUCAUGUUGGGGGACUUGAAAUUUUCAAGGACAAUAAAUGGCACUUGGUUAACCCAAUUCCCAACACUCUUAUAGUUCAUAUCGGUGACAUGAUGCAGGUCUAUACAACCCACUUCAUUCAAAUUUCAUUUAUAUAUUAUAUGGCUAUAAGUGACGACGAAUACAUGAGCGUGAAACAUAGAGUGAGAGUGAAGAAGCAGGAGGAGCGGCUAUCAAUCUGCUACUUUGUAUUCCCAGCUGAAGAGAGUGUGAUCCACAGCUCAAAAUAUAAACCUUUUACUUACAAAGAUUUCCAAGAACAAGUGCAAAAAGACACCAGGACUCUAGGCUAUAAAGUUGGCCUCCAAAGGUUCAAAGCUUAAUGCAGAUAUAUAUAUAUAUAUAUAUAUAUAUAUAUAUAUGGUUUCAUUAUCUCUUCACUGCAAGUUGGAAAUAAAAUUAAAGGACUGUAGAUAUCAUGAUUUGAACAUUAAGUUUACCGAAUGUGAUAAUUACAUGUUAGAUUCACUCCUAUCAUCAAGCUCCUGCCUCCUCCAUUGCUCUUUAGGUCACAGGCAGCAAAAAGUGUAGUGCUUAUUUUUGAUUUUUUUUUCCCCGAUAAUUAUGUGGCAUGAAAAAGUAGAAUCCUGGAGAAUUGCUUAUUGAAAUUUCAAUAAUGAAAGCUACUGAGUGGACAAAUAUUAGAAAGGCAUGCUUUGCUUUCAAUUUGUCCCCCACCAGCAAGUUUGUCCAAAUACCCCCAACCCAUUGUAGCAAAUCUUUGCGUGCUUUGGCAUUUAGGUUCCACUUACCUCUACCUAGGAAGUCAGCCUACAACUCUAGGCCACAACUUUAUCCUCUACUAUAAUACCCCAACCCAUUGUAGCAAAUUUUUAUUUCAUGAGUAAUUAUUUUAAUGUAAAUGUAUCAAAUAUGUUUUUUUUUA